AUGGAAACGGAGCAUGGAGAUAAACCUGUCCUCAAAGAGAAGCUAGGCUUUGUCACUGGUGACACAGUCAAGGAACUUCAAGAUGAGGUAAAAUCUGAACUUUGGGAAAUAUGCAACAAUAUGGUAGUAGCUUGGAUCCAUAAUAAUGUAUCGCCUGCUAUUAAGAAAUCUAUCCUUUAUGUCAACUCAGCUAAGGACAUAUGGAAACAACUAGAGACCAGAUUUGCCUUGACAAAUGGAUCUAGGAAAUACAAACUAAAUAAAGACCUGUAUGAAACCAAACAAAACAAUCUCACUGUGAAUGAGUAUUACACUGCUCUAUCUGUGAUAUGGGAAGAGUCUAUGAACCUGUUACCAACAGUCAAUAAUCCUACUGAAGAGAUGGGGAAAUUUAUUGAUAACAUAAACCUACAGAAGGAAGAAUCUAGGUUGUUUCAAUUCUUGAAUGGAUUGGACCCUAAAUAUGGAACUCAUAGAAGUCAACUGCUCAUGUUAAACCCACUCCCCACAGUUGAAACUGCAUGUUCUGUUUUACAGCAAGAGGAAUCACAAAGGGAGGUUCAGAGAACUCCAAAACUUGAGACUGAAAUUAAAAGAGGGCACAGUGCUGAGAAAUGUUGGUAUGCCACUGGAAAUUUUCCAAAAUGGCAUCCCAAGCAUGGAAAACAAGUGGCUGCUGGACCACAAAAGGAACAAGGUGGAGUUUCUGGGGUGAAAUGGAAUACAACCAGACAAAACGCUUCUAAAAUGGUGGCAAAUACAUGUCAGGGGGAGAAUGGACUGUUGUUUACACAACAGCAAAUAGAACAAUUGGCAAAACUGUUGCCAGUCAUGACUGCUCAGAUGAAUGCUAAGGGCACAGAAACUGAUGAUGAGAUUGACCAGCAUUUUUCAAGCAUGAUAUCAUGCUUCCAUGCUACUGAUACUGCAGAAGAGUGGAUUGUAGACUCUGGAGCAUCUGAUCACAUCACAUCAUCAAAAUUGGUUAGAGAUGAAAACUGUGAGGUUCAAUUCCUCCCUGAGAAAUGUGUUAUAAGAGAUAGAAGCUCACACCAAGUGAAAGGUGUGGGACAUGAGAGAAGUGGCCUAUAUUACUUGAACACAGCACCCAGUGCCUACCUUACAUCAAAAAAGAACCCUGAACUCCAAAACAAUCCUCUCAACCAACCUAAAAACAAACCAGACCAGUUUGCCCUGUGGCACCACAGGUCAACAUGGAUUUACUUGCUGGAGUAUAAAUCUCAGCCUUUGAGUACCUUGGAAGCCUUCAUGAGCUAUGCAAAGAAUCACUUCAAGAAGAGCAUAAAAUUCUUGAGAUCUGAUAAUGCUCUAGAAUUCAGUGAUGAACCUUGUCAAGAGUUCUUCACACAACAUGGAAUUGUCCAUCAAACAUCAUGUACUGCUGUUCAAGUCCUCAACAACAAAACCCCAUAUGAAGCCUUACACAAGAAAAAACCCACCUAUCACCAUCUCAAAGUGUUAGGAUGCCUAGCCUUUGCUUGUAAUCCAGAUCACCAUGGUGACAAGUUUCACCCUAGGGGUGUGCCAUGUGUGUUCAUGGGCUAUCCACCUACACAAAAAGGGUACAAGCUUCUAAACUUGGUUACCAAACUCAUGUUCAUCUCUAGAGAUGUCUUGUUUCAUGAAGAUAUCUUUCCCUUUCAAGAUGAUGCAUCACAAAGUUACAUGAACCCUAUUCCAAACCCCAAGCCUAACAAUUCUCAACCUGUUUUUGAUGACAAUUGGUUCAUGGAAGAUGAACUUGAUCAACCAUCUGACACCACUACUCUUACUUCACCUUCUCAUCAGCCACCUUUGACAACCACACCUAGCUACACCUCUCCUAAUUCAUCUUAA